AUGGUCUUCUCGCCGUCCGGUCUACAGCCGGCUUCCAGAGAGGAUCUAGCCGGACGUUUUCUAGCGCUCGGCAGGACUACAGGCCACGAUAGCAUAGGCGCCGCCGUGCGCGGCGUUCCGGGUGCGGACGAGAAACGGCGUGCAAGUCUGCGUCGCGGGAUCCCUUCGCAGACGCCCGACAGGGAAGCCGAGGAUCAACGCACUUUCUCGGGCACCGGGGGUAGAGGCCUAAGCAGGACCCAGAAGGCGACGCCGUCAAACACAGAGCAGAAGGCAGCAGGUGGUCUUCGGAAAAAGGCAUCUGGCGUCGGCAAAGGGAAUGCGGCGCUGACGAAGCAGCUGUUAAACGACAUUAACGCCGGAGGGGAUCGCGAUCCACUUCAGGAACGACACCACAAGCAAUUUAUUCGCGACUGCGUCGAGUGCUUUACUUUCCACGAUGUUGAUAAUGAUGGAUUCGUUCCCACCGAGGAACUUCCCUGGAUGCUACGCAACCUAGGUCAAUUCUGGACCAUUGAGGAUCUCAAAGGCCUGGACACGAAGCUUAGGCACCAAGGGAUUUCGCAGCUCGAUGUCACUCAGUUCAUUGACCUUGUUGCCGAAGAGCAGGACCGAAGAAAGCUGAACGUCGGCAAGCUCGCGGAAGCGUUUCAUGUGAUGGACAGGUUAAACAAGAACAAUGUGGCACUGACCGAUCUGAGACAUUACAUGAAGAUUUUCGGGGAACGCAUGAGUGAUGACGACUGGAAGACACUGCUGAAAAUUACAAUCGACGUCAAGGAAGGAUACAAGGCUGUUGCAAUCAAACAGCCAGCUUUCCUGGAAAUGUUUGCUAAGUCCGUGGAAGAUAGCAUUUGA